GGGAGUGGCGCAGAACRGCGGCAGCAGCUUGCCUGUGUGUGAGUGUGAGUGUGUGUGUGAGGUGGGGGAUCAGAAAUUCAGAAGAGUUCGCAGAGAACCGUCCCCAGAGACUGAUCUGGAACCUGGUGAAGUGAGUGGAGAGAGGGGAGAGGCAGAAGAGAAGAGGGGGCAAAAAGCCCUCUGAGAGGAAGGAGACGACCGCUUCUCUGAGCCAAACGGAGGAACCUUUUUAGUGGAGUUGCUGGUUUCCACAGGGACGACAUGGGUGCAGUGGUGGGCACUUUGACCAUGCAAACCAAACAGAGGAGACCAUCGAGAGAUAAAACAGAUGACGAGCUGGAGAUGACCACAGUGUGUCACAGGCCAGAAGGCCUUGAGCAGCUGGAAGCGCAGACCAACUUCACCAAGCAGGAGCUGCAGAUCCUCUAUCGUGGCUUUAAGAGUGAAUGUCCCAGUGGAGUCGUGAACGAGGAGACAUUUAAGCAUAUUUAUGCCCAAUUUUUCCCUCACGGAGAUGCCAGCAUGUAYGCACAUUAUCUUUUCAACGCAUUUGACACCACAAACAAUGGCUCUAUUAAGUUUAAGGACUUUGUKAUGGGCUUAUCUAUUCUGCUGAGGGGCACGCUGAGGGAAAAGCUGGAGUGGACGUUUCAUCUUUACGACAUUAACAGUGAUGGAUACAUAAACAGAGAGGAAAUGACAGAGAUUGUAAGGGCCAUUUAUGACAUGAUGGGCAAGUACACCUACCCGGCUAUAAAGGGAGACGUCCCGCAGCAGCAYGUGGAUGCCUUUUUCCAGAAAAUGGAUAAGAAUAAAGAUGGAGUUGUGACUAUGGAGGAGUUUGUUAUGGCCUGCCAAAAGGAUGAAAAUAUGAUGAGAUCMAUGCAGCUGUUUGAAAAUGUGAUGUAGGCCAAGUUGAAAUGAAGGAGACGAAAAYAUGAAAAAAGAAAAAAAAAUGAAAUCAGAGGGCUUGGUCUGAGUGUGUGUGCAUGGGUGCAUAUGUGCCGUACCUCCAGUCUCUCCUCCCUCUUCCUGUUCUAUCCAGGAUCUGCGCUCUGGAUCCAACCAGAAUCUCCUGCAGUGACACUAAUGACAGGACUGGAGUGGAACGCUCAACAGCCCCUUCCUGCUGAGUUUCUCCAAACAUCAAACACAAAGUGAUCGUUCUGGGCUGGCUGUGUUGACGCAUCUGUUUCRGCUGUGUCAGGAAAACUGGCCUUUUUACAGAUAAAGAUGCUCCUACAUGAAACGUUUCUUUUUCUGUCUUUUUCCCCCAAAACAAGGACUGCAUGUGUUUGAAAGAGAUUUUUACCUUCAUUUAUUUGCUUGAUUUGCCAUAAAGACRUGACCAUAUGUGUGGUGUUAAUCUUAAGAUAAAGAGCUCAGAUGUUACGUAUCGAUUUCAUGGAUUCAGUGAUUUGUAUACUUUUGUGUUGAUUUGGCUGCUGUCUUAUGUCUUUGCUUGUUAUUCUGUAAAAGCUUACAGUAUAAAGUCAAAGAGUUUUAAGGCUGUACUUUAUAUUAGUACUAUAUGGUGAGUAUGUUUGUUUAUUUGUCUUUUUGUCUGUGUUGGAACUCAGUUUUUAUAAUGAGAAAAGGGCAUCCCUAUAUAUUUCCAAAUGGUUGGCUAUUGUCAAGAAUGUACAAUAAUGUUGGGGGGAAAUAGGACAACAGCAUAAAUCUCACUACUGCAUCACCAUUAAGUUGGCUUUACAAGUAUAAAUAGUGACAUCAGAAGCUAGCUGUAGCACGUUUGGUGCAGCUUAUAUUUCCAGCAGGAAUAUUAUCAUUGCCAAACAGCAAUGCAAAAGUUUAUGAAACAUCACUCAUAUGACUUAUGUACUAAUGUUAUAUGCAAAGCAGAGAAGGAAGGUUUCUGUAGUUCCCUGCUUGUAGUUUUCUACCAAUGACUUCCUGUGAGUCUAAAAAGCAGCACAGUUACAAAAUAAAACUCCCUAGGAUACAUUUUCAGCACUAAAAUUAUAAUCGUUAUUUUUGCAGUCAGUGGAGCAUUUUUUUUUGUUGUCUAGUGCAUCUGUACAAUAUGGUCCUGCCUCCAAUAUUGAUUGAAACAGAGUUUAUGUAAUGUAAAAAACAAGUCAUAUUAAGCCAUAAAAUAAACGUUUAAUUUAUUUUAA